GAUUGAUUCAGGAGGGGCGGGUUUUCAUCUACAGUUUUACGUCAUCUAGGAAGAUGGGUGAUAAGAGGUUUAAGGUCAUAAUCAAAUCACCUAGUGACAAAAUACCUAGUUUGACUGUGCAAUGCCUUUCUCACUGGCUGGCCAGUGACUUGAAAAAUUACUUAUCAGAGCAUCAUCCCGCCCAACCUAGUGUAUCAUCUCAAAGACUUAUCCAUGCUGGUAAGCUUUUAAAAGAUGACACAUCAAUCUCAGACAUUUGUAGUCAGGUCGAUGGGCUUCCUACAAUCCAUCUAGUAUACCCCAACCCAAGACCAAUGGGCGAUUCUAAUGUCAACAACCAACGGGGUGACAAUACUCUGUUGUAAGUUUUACACACCGAAUUAUCUUGCAGCUCUUUGUAACAUUUUUUCUCCAGUAUGACCUUUAUAGCAGCAAAUGGCUAGACUGUAGUCACGUCGCUAACGUCAAUCAGCAACUCAAAUCCUGGAGUACACAUCCAUUCGUCAAUUACUACAUCACGUCAGUACAACUAGGUUAAGUUAGAAAGUGGACAUAAAAAGAUUCGGAAAUAAAAUGUCGAUGACAUCUAUAAGAAAUAAGCGUUGGAAAUAUGGCUUGCGAAAAGCUAUAUAUAUAUAAACCAGUUGCUGCAACUGAUUCGUAGCCAACUCACUCAACGUUACUAACUGCUGAACAUUGCUGUAUAAAAGAUUUCGUGAUACUUGUUCAUAAAUUCGACCCAAGCGUACAACAUCUAUCCCAGUUUGUAAGGUGUUUAUACAUUCGUACGGGGUUAUCUUACAUGUACACCAUCUUAGUUAUGUUAGACCACGAAAACACUUAUUAAGAACAGAAAUUAAUCAUUCACACAACUUUACAUCUUAGGGAGAGAUGCUCAAACGAAACUGGGAUUAUCAGAAUCCCGUUGAAGGAUCAGCUAGCUACUGCAUUACUAUUCAGAGUUGUUCCUAGGUCGUGAAUCACUACUAACCCUAGUUCUUUUCAUUCCUGGACUCAUGGGAGUAGUGUAUCAAUGAUCUUAUCGGUGGCCAUUGCCGAGUCCAAUGUGAAUUGAGGAAUCUUCCAGGAAUUGAUCUUCGGACAUCAAAUUUGGGGUCGUCUUACUAAUUCACCUAAGCCAGCUUGAAGACCAAAAUUAUCAGCUUUAUUAUUCUCCGGAAUUCGAGGUCACCGAACCCCAGUGUCGACGACUAUAACUGUCUUGGUAGUUCGUGGACGUAGAAAAUGCUUUUUAUUGUACCUACGUUGUAGCUGAUUGCUAUCUCAAGACUAGGGAGAUUGCAUAAGCACUAAGUGAGACAUCUUACCAAACGCCAUGCUGAAUUCUACGACUAUCACAUUAACAGGCAAGCCACUAUCCUGGUCUGCUGUUCGGUCCUUUCACAGUUAGUUAAAAAUGGAUGCCCAUUCCGAAACCUGUUAUCUAGGAGCUGAAAAGUUGGAGUGUGAGGGCUUGAUUCUUCAGUUUUAUAAUUUUACUUUCAAUAUAUGGAUUUUGUUACGUGGAAUUCUAGUAGUAUAUACCCUCCAUCCAGUGAUAUUUCACCCGAGCAAAUGCAUAAAUAUCAGCAAGCGUAUUAUCAUUAUCUACAAACUUUUUAUAUGGAGAAUCCUCCAGUAAAUCGGACUGAGUACCGCACACAGGAUUACCGUUGCCCUAUCGAUUUUGGAUCAGGGACUGUGAUACAAAUGCUUCCCGGAAACUAUAGUUUCCCUAACAAUGCUUAUGUACCACAAACUCAUAGCUCUUCACACCAAGCAAUCCCAAACAGUUCAUCUAGCAACACGCAACAAUGGAUUCAAAGGGCACAGGCACUUUUAUCCGGUUGGGGAGUGUUUAAUGGUAAUCGUCGUCAGAGGGAAGCGGGUGAGGUAUUACCGAAUGAAGAUGGAGUUAACCAAAGAGCUGACCAAAUCCAACCCCAAGCAGCACAAGAAGUGUUUAAUAAUGCAAUACGAAAUAAUGAUCGACCCGAUGAAGAGGUUAACGGGGUGGGGAAUAUGGACAUAAUUGAUCGUUUUUACUUGCUUUUUCGACUUUGUCUUUUCGUGGGACUUUGUUUCGCAUAUUCAUCUUUGGACAAGGCACUUAUUGUAUUCUCAGUUGCUGCUUAUGUAUACCUGUAUAAUAUCUACCGCAGAUACGCUGUUGUAGAGCGUAUAGUACAGGCCCAACGGCGACCACAACAAAAUCCGCAAGGUACACAAAGCAAUUUAAACACUCCAGCAAGUGAACAAUCGGAGAAUCAGCAAAGCCAGCUUGCUCAGGAGUCUGCGGAUCAAGCAAACGGUAGCCUACGUGGUGAACAAGAAUCGAGAUUUACGAGGAUAACUACAAAUCUACGUUUGGCAGCAAAUCUUUCUUAUCAGUUCUUUUCAGCUCUGAUUUCCUCAAUUAUUCCAGAACAACCACCACCACUACAUCUAGACUAGAGUUCAUUAUCUUCGAACUUGAUUACUGAACACGAUAUUUUAUUUAGUAUGUAUAACCUCACUCCUUAUCUACUUUUUAUUUUUAAUUUAAUCCGAAAUUUGUCUUUUGUUUCACAAAGUGCCUUCAUUUUUAUGUUUGUACACACAACAUUGGAAAGCGAAAACGUAGCAACUUGCUGAAGGUUCUAUUCACAACAAAAAUCUAUUUAAAGUAUUUUUUGAGUACAAUGUUUUGCUAAUAUUAGUUAACCAGUAACCU